GUUCAACUAGAGCCUCGUGCUAUUGCGUCACAAUAUUUGUUUACAUGUGAAUCAAGUGGAGAAAUAAAUGUUGAAAGUUGUUACAUGUCGUGGGCUUAGAGACACCUUAGAACGCUCCAAGUGAUUGACAGUUUUGUUGAGACAACGUUAAUAAACGUUCAAAUGAGCAAUAAAAAGUGAAUAAUAUUCUGGACAGGAUUUUUUGUGAGGACAACAGCCUCGUGUAUUAGAUCGAUUGUUCCUCUCCUAUUUUGGAUGAUUUGUUUUGUUGUGUGUGUCAGGGAAGAACAUCCUCUUCUCGAAGCGUGACAACGUGCGAACUUUCGAAGGACGAUAGAACAUUCUGGAAUGCGCAGUUGUUAGAGGGCACGUCCCUGAAUUUUGAGACCGGGACGAAAUCCCAAAGUGUCCAAAUCACCAAAGUUUUGGGGAUUUUCUAUAGUUUUUUCCUCUGUGCAAUACAACUGAAUAUCAAUUUUACUCUCUCGUGACAGAGUGUUGUAAGAUGGAUGUUAUCAUUGACAGCGGUAAAUGUAGACAUUUCGAAAAUGCGCGGUAAAGAUACGAUGAACACGUCAUUGGGAUUGGCACGUGAAUACGAACCAGGAGCCACUGAUCUGUCUGUGCCAACGUUAGGAUUUGACCAAACUUCGUGUCCAGACCAUCCUCAGUACGAGUCCAGCUUUGGUCAGCAUGGUAUAACUCGCUGCCUUCCAGAUCCAGCCCUCUACAAUGGGCUACAAUUUUCGGGAUACGCGCCUAACUGGGCGCUUUCAGCAGCCUACUGGGACUCUCUCCAGAAGCCGCUGAUCCUCUCACCGCCAAUAUCACCAGAGUUUCAGUCUUGUCUCGACCCCCUGGAUCCGAAGCAGUCCCCGUCAAAACCUGAGACCCUGUCAAACUACUCCCCAUUCUAUUCACCCGCUCCAUCACCUCAUCAACACCUGUCUCACCUGCACCACCAGCACUCCCAAAAUUUCUCUCACCUCCCUUUAAAUCAUCAACAGCACCUUCUCAACACGUUUACCUCACACACCCCCUUCCCCACUCCCCCGAACCACCGAAAGGCCCACCAAGUUACCGGAUACCCCCAUAACCUCGAUAACCUCCCCCAUUCAACCCAAAUCUCAUCCACCUGGGAGGAAAUCGAGAUGUCAGGGCAGUAUCCAGGUCAUAGCAGACCUCCAGUGGGCACUCCCCCUCCUCAAACAGUCUGGAAUCACUUGACAAUGACUCCGGGUUCGGGUUUGAAUCUGCACCCAACAGCCCUCACUGGAUCCUCCCUGAAUCCUGCUAAUUUCUACAGCCACCCCUCAAUGACUCGAUCGAGUCACUUGAGCUCCCAACUGACGCCUCAACUGGCGCACACCCAGGCUCCACCAACCUGGCACACCCCGACAGUUCCCUCAAAGUCCGUAAACUCAUCCAAUCCCCCUGGUAACCCUCUCUUCAGCCUCCAAAUGCUGGUGGACAAUCGCCAGAGUCAGAACCAAUUUCGAGUCUCUCCAGGUGGUCAGAGCACCCUCGAUCUCUCCUCCACAUCAGAACUCCCUGAAAAUUACUCCCGAUUGCCCCAGGACAUUCCCAUCAGCCUGACAGCUCGAUCAAUGGACAAAAGCUCCCGAAAUGGCAAUAUAAUCUCCCCUCCGAUUCCCCUGAAUGGUGAGACCUCCUCAGAUUCUGGUAUAUCUUCAUCAGUGCCAACUCCAAAUUCAAUAAGUGAACCAGUCUCGUUGUCUACGAAAGAACCUCUAUCAACACCAAAAAUCAGUGUCAAGAAUUUUGAGAGUAAUCUCAAGGGUGUUGCUAAUCUUCACGAUAAGAUCAAGGAAUUGAGUGGUGAUAAUUUCACCCAGAAAAUGAUUAAUUUACCACCGAGUGUUACGAUUGAACGUAUAUCUGGUGAUAAAAAAGAAGAGCCAAUUAAAGUUAAGGAUUCGUUGAGUGUGAUACCACAGGGACGUAAUGUCAUGCCAGUUAUUGUUAAUUUAACAUCAAGAAUGGAUAAAGACGUCACCGACAGUCCAAGACGAGAGCCAUCGUCGGAACGUGAGCGAAAGGUGGACGAAUUGAAUGUUAGAUCACCCAAGAAUCUUCCAAAGAGGGGUAAAAAGGGAGUGGACUCACUUCUGGAGAAACUGGAGGGUGGUAACAAGAAAUUCGGAACUGAGAACAUUGGAUCUGUCAUUGUCACACCGAUAGAUGACAACAGGGACAAUUCCAGUGUUAAGAGUAUGUCUCCUGAACGGAAUUGCGAUAAACUGUCAAAAUCUCCAACGCGAGAAGAAGACGUUGUCUCACCGGCCUUCAGCAAUGAUGACUCCAAUGACAAUACCAAACAGAGAAGGAAAAGAAAGUUAGAGAAACCUGUGAGGCUGAGUAAAGAUUCUAAGACAGAAGUUGAGGACAUGGAGCUAGAGCCAACUGAACCAAGAGAGACCAGGAUAUCUGUAGGUGUUGUUGAAGGGGGGCAGUCGGUAGAAGUCUUACCAGAUGAAUUAAAGCCAGAGGAAAGUGAAAAGGAGAAUAGAUUAGUGGAGAGAGUUGAAGAACCACGUGAGGCAGGAAGAGAAUCGAGCAAGGAGGAGGAAAUUUCUAAACCUGGCGAGAAUGAGCCGGUGAGAAGGAGAAGAAGCAGUGAGGGCUAUAGUGGUAAUCCCACAUUGAGAAGUCCAAGGACCAGGAGAAAAUCCAGCGACGAUAUCUCUGAACUGAAACCCUCCAGUCCAAAACGAUCUGCUAAUGCUAAUCCUUUCAAUGAAGUUGAAUCAGAACUCGAGAAGAUGUUUGCGGGGAUCGUUGAGCCUGAGAGCGAAGUGAAAAAGGAGGAGGUGAAGAUUGAAGACGUGGAUGAAAUUAAAAGUGAAGGAGUUAAGGUUGAAGUUGAUGAGAAGGGAGAAGACGAGCCUAUGGAGGUGGAGAAGACUUCACCUGUCACGUCGACGGUUGAAACUAAACCAGCCCCGAAGAGAGGAAAGAAGGGCAGAGGGAGGGGUAAGAAGAGAAAAGUGGCCAGGUCAGUGGAUCCUUUGUUCUCAGUUGAUGAUCUUCCGGUUAAGGAGGUAAAAAAGAGGAAAACUAUGAAGGGAGGGAAGAAGCAAGAAAUUGGGAAGAAGAAGAAAAAUAAGAAUUUGAAGACAGAUGGAGUGAGGGAGAUGGCAUAUGACUCUGGGUCUAAUGCUAGUUCAAUAAGGUCUAGGGGACCUGUGGUGCACGUGGAGGGACCCAGGGACAGUCCUCUGAGUGUUCAGGUGGUUAAUGCUCCUAGGGAAGAGGAGGAGGAGAAGAGCAAGGAGAAGAGGAAGAGCGUGGGGAAUGGAAAUGCUGGAAGGAGUAAGAGACUCAGUCAUCAGAAUGAUCUCGAUUAUCGUGGUAAGGUGAGUAGAGCUGGAUUAUUCAGCUCUACUUUAUCCUCUCGGUAUGAUGCACAUACGACAGACUCGACGUGGAUAUGUGUGUUCUGUAAGCUCGGUCCACAUGCUGUUGUCCCUGGCGAUCCAAUCAGACCGCAUCCCAAUUUGGCUGGACCUCAUAUAGCUCCGGGAACGUAUGUUGUGCCGGCAGGAGUUCUCAGCGAUCUAUUUGGACCGUAUCUUAUUGGCAGUGAGCGACUCGAGGAUGGAAUUUUGUCUGCUGAUGAGCAGGAGAUCAAUACUGAGCAGAAAAGGGGAGGAAAGAAUAAGAGGAGUCUGAGGUAUGCUGGCCUAGCUGAUCAGUUCUCAGCAAAAAUGGGAAAGAAGAAGAGGAACUCGGUGGAGGCUACUCCUGCCAUGAGUUACUCGGGAAUGACGCUGAUACCUGGGGAGGAACAGCGGUGGGAGGUGUGGCUACACGAACAGUGCGCUGUUUGGGCUGCUGGAGUGUAUUUGGCUGGUGGCAGGGUCACUGGUCUCCAGGAAGCUGUUUGGGACGCCACAAGGUCCACUUGCAAUGCUUGUGGUUUGAGUGGGGCCAAUAUUGGCUGUGUUAGACGUGGUUGCAAAGCUGUCACACAUUAUCCUUGUGCACUGACAAAGGGUUGGCUACUGGAUAGCAAUCAGUAUAUCCCAAGGUGUAAUCUACACAGGGUCACGUGAAAUAAAUUUCAAAUCUCUUCAGAUGAUAAACAAAAACCAAAUGAAUAAGCCCAUAGGAAUAAAGUUUGGGCCAUGAACAUUUAUCAAUUGCGUAUAAAUGCCCAGUGACAAUUUGUACAUUUUCAUUUCUUUUUGAAAUUUAAGAAUAAGGGAGGAAUUUAUUGGGGACAUGAAGUCCCAAGAAACGAUCAAACUCGAGUGUGUGAUAAUUGUUCUGGGAGAAUGCAAGGGAAUUUAACAUUUUUGAAGGAAAAUUGUGAAUGUUUGAGGACUCUUCGUUGACUGGAUUUAAUUGACUUUCUUGGCCCGUGGCCUUGAACAGUGGCCUUUUUCGAUUUAAUAUUUAAAAAAAUGAGGGGUAAUGAAAACGAUGGAGAAAUCAAUGAAAUUUAUUCCUUUCGUUACUCAAUGAUUUUUAUUUAUGAUUUUUUUGCGGGUUGAUUUGGCAGCUUUUUGAAGCAUCUUUUUUUUCCUCUGGAUUCAAAUAAUUUUGGUUUAGUUUUCUUUGGCUUUUGUUUUUAACUCCGUCGUGAUUGUAAUGUCAGGAGAUUGAUCAAUUUGCAAGCAAAGCCUCGGGCGAUGAGAAUUUUUGAGAAACUUUCUCCUUUUAUUUUCUUUUUAGUUGAAAGAAUAGUCAUUCAGAGCUUUGUUAUCAGCUGAGUUGUAUAAAAUUUCGCCUAAAUUUAUGUUGAAGGAUUGCAUCAAUUCAAUCAGUAAACGUGCAGUAAAUUAGCUCGAAACUGGGAUUCGAAUUUUCCAGGAUCACCGAUGAUUUUUUUUUAAAUUGGCAGGUAUGCAAUUUUUUUCUAAAUUAAAAUCUACAAUCCAUCGAGAAUUUCAGGUAUACUGACCGAGUAAAUAGAAUUUUCCUUUAUUUUCUUUCGACAUAAUGUUGUAUAAAAACUAAUGUAUAGAAUCAUAAUGUAAAUAGCAUUUAUUCUGUAGACGGAAAAUAAAUAUAUCUAUAUUAUACAUAAUUAUAUAUAUGUAUCAAUGAAUAUGUGAACUUAACGAUAGUGAUGAGAAAAUCCCUUGUGCGUUCGUAGUAGUAAUUAUUUCUAAAUAUUAGAUACUAGUGCAGAUGGAAAUAUCAAUAACAGAGAUUAAACAAAUUUCUUGUAAAUAAAUAGACGAAAUGGAAUGUGAGCUAAUAAAUAAAAUAAAAUUGAUAAAAAAAAUCAUGGUGAAGUGAAUGAAAAAAACUUAAUGUGUGUAAUAGGUGUGAAUGGGGGAAUUCUCUGCGGCGUCCGAAUAAUUAAAUUAGCAUUUCAUUCAGGAGCAUUGAAAUAAUUUAGUCAAAAUUACCUGUAAAUCGUUUAAUAUGAGGAAUCACCAAUUUUCGUGAAUUUACAAGGGAAAAAAAUUUAAAUAAAACAGAUAUAUUUAAAUGAAGAAAUACACGGAACAAAUUUAGUCAACGUACAUUUAGACAAUGGAUAAAAAAAUGAGGAGAAAAUAAAUAAUGACUACUAAUGCUUAGAUUUAAUAAGGAAUACAUAUUACAUGGAGAUGAAAACGCUUAUAUUCUACAUUUGUGGAAGGAUUAAAAGUUAUUGAAUGAAAAAUCACAAGAAAAUUUAUCGUAGAAGUGUAUAUUAAUCAUUGUGAUACGGAAAACGAAUACGAGGAAGGCAACAAAAUGAAAAGACAUGAAAAAUUAUUCUGGAGCACGAAGACAAUUUUUUUUUUCUGAUUCACUUUUUCUAGUUAAUGUUGUUUUCAUUGCAAUUUUAUAUCAAAUUCAUGAAUAUGAUCGCCAAACGCACAUGAAAGAAAUCUGAACAGUCGUAUGCUCCAGGGUAAAAGGGAACAUCUUCAUUUCGAUAAUGUUGAACUGUAUAAAAACUGAAGAAAAAG